GUUGGAGACAGUCGGUCGAGGAACGCGCGCGAAGGCGAAGCACAAGGCGAACAAAACUCGUGACGCGUCGGGAGACGAGAAUCGUAAAGUGACGAAUGCAUAUCCGUCCGUCCAUAGCCACAAAAGUAGUUCCUGUUCCAUAAGCAUAUAUAAACGUACAUAUACAUAUAUAUAGCCAUUACCAUUACCAUUACCGUAACCAUAACCCCGGCCAGAGAAAUCAUUAAUAAACGUAAGCGGUAAACUCGUUGAGUUCUCUGAACGGAACGUGCUCUCCUUUAGUCAUCAUCAGCAGUAGUCUCAACCUCAACCUCUGCCGGCAUCAGCAUUAUCCGCGUCUCUCGUUCUGGUCGCGGUUAACGCUCAGCGGUCGUCGGUCGAUGGUCGACGGUUGACGCGCUGUUGACGCUGUGGUUCGUCGCGCGUGCUGUGACAACCAGCAUAAGCGGCAAGGACAUUCCCCAAGAGCCCAACCCAGUCAGUCGGUGAGGCAGCCACGCAUCCAGGCAGCCCUAAGAGCCAUGUUGACAGGCUUAAAUGGGGCUUUGAGCGCUUAAAUUUCAAGGCGCUUUUCUCAUUACACCCAUUGUUGUGCCACCAAAUGAUAUAUGACACCCGAGCGAAAAUAUAUAUAUAUAUAUUUGUAUGAAAGUGUCUACGAAAAGUGUGAAUUCAUUCUCAGCUGGCAACGAGUGAGCGAAGAGAGCAGGCAACCAAAAGGAUUAACCUCGCCUCCAAAUAAAGUGCUUACAGCCAAGAGUCUGUAAGAGUGUGCGUUCGUGUGUGCUUGUGUGUGCGUGUAAACUGGCCAUAAGGCUGUGGCCAAGAGCUGUGUCGAAUUGCCAAUGAAAGGAUUAAAAGCAUAACAUUUCAUAUCAGUUGACAGUCCAGCGAGCGUCCACAGCACGAAGGAGGAAGGACUAAGGAACGAAGGCCGCCUGACAGCUCUUAAGCUGAUUGCGUUUUGAUAAGACUCUUUAACGAGCGACGACACAAAAGGACAACGAGAGCAACCAGGACACGUGCUCAACACCAACAACAGGCACUGGCCACUGACCAGCGGACGAAACGUUGCCAACGUGACGAUCCACACAAUCAGCAACACUUGGAGGAGGAGCAGCAACCAGUUGGUCAAACCAGCAGCAGACAGAAGAGUGAGAAGGAGAAGGGCGAGGAAGAGCCAAUAAAAAAGCUAACGAAAAUGCUGAUGCCGCUUGCAGUCGACAGGCGAAACCAGCAGCAACAGCAACAGCAACAAAAGCAACAGACGCAACCGCAACAAAAACAAAACUGGAAAAGUUGAACCCAUUGCCAGCAGCCAGAGGGAGAAGCAGAGUCUGCGACAAGAGCAAAGAGAGGCUGAAAAGUUCCAAAUUUGGCAGACAGAAUCCUCGUAGUGCUCCACGUCGUAGCGCUUUGUGGCCGUAUCCGGAUGCGGAUGCGGAACUGUUAGCAGCAGUUGCCGUCCUCGUAUUUCGAAUUUCAGUUUUCGAAUUUGAUUUUAACGCUUCUUUGCGAGUCAACGCAGGACUCUGCCUGUUUGCCAACUAUCAACAGCCAACUGGCAACUGGCGACUGGCAACCAAAUCAAAGUUGUGCCCCCAACGGAAGCAACUCCCCAGCACUCUAUUCCCUCAACUCUUCUGCUCAACCAGAACGCCUCAAUGAUCACACAUUGAAAUUGGCUGCCAUCAAGAUUCGAAUCCAUUGAAAUGAACAGCAGUUGCAACGGCGUCACAUGCGCUGACAAGUUAUUAAGAGCACGUCUGGCUGUAACCGCAAUAAGCCUGUCCAGACUAUAGACUACAAACCGAAGAGAGUUCCUCAUUAUGUCUGCUGUUUAUAGUGUCUGCUGUCCCAGCAUGUUGCUCCUCCUGAUCCCACUCCUUGCCUGGCAGACGCCUUCGGUCAGCGGAUAUCUCAACAUUUUCAUCAGCCACCACGAGGUGAUGAAACUGAUGGGACUGGAGGCGGAUUUGUUCUACGUGCACGAGGGAGCCAUUAACACAUAUGCAAUGCACUUCACCGUCCCCGUGCCCGCUGAUGUUCACGAACUUGAGUUCUCCUGGCAAAGUCUCAUUGCCUACCCGUUGCGCUACACCAUCAGCAUCGAGUACGCCAACGACCAGGAUGCAUUGGGAACGCCCACGCUCAGCAUACCCCACAAGGGUCUGGUGCCUCAGGAGAUCGAAUCGUUUCUGGUCUAUCUGCCCUGCACGGGCAAUGCCAGUCUCCAGCUGCCCGUCAACGUAAACAUGGUGGUGCAAGGACCACCGCGCUUCAACGAUACCCGUCUCCACUUCAAGCGCACCAAGAUCUGCGCCAAGGGCAUUUCACCGGAGCCCAACCAGUCGCCAGCCCCGGCACAUGCUCCCUCCCAGGGUCCCGCGCUGAUGAGCGCCGCCGCCUGUGCCUUGGGCCUGGUGUUGGCCGUGGGUCUUGUGGCCAGCAUGAUGUAUGUGCGGGCACGUAAACAGUUGCGUCAGGACUCGUUGCACACCAGCUUCACCACCGCCGGCUAUGGUAGCCAUCAAAAUGUGUUCAUUCGCCUUGAUCCACUCGGACGACCUCCGAGUGCCACCGGCUCUUAUGCCACCAUUGCCAGCCUCAACAAAUAUCCAGCGGAUACCAAAAAGUCCUGCAGCAUUUUCGAUCGAUUCCGUAGCUCGCCAACGCCCACGCCGUAUGCAACAGCCUUGCUGCCAAUGGGGGACCAGGCUGGCGAGACCAUUUACUCGAAACCCGAGUCGGUGUGUCCCUCGAGAAUAUCCUACUACGCCUCCUCGCAGCUGACCCAGGCCUGCAGCAUGUCGACGCCGAAGAGCAGUCGCGGCAAUGGCGGCAGUGGCAGCCUCUUUGGUGGCCUUGCCACAGGAAGCACCAUCACGGUGGCCAGCCAUGCGCACAGUGAGAAGACCAAGGAGCGCCUUCGUCGCAUUCCCAGCGUCCAGCCAGGUGCAUUGACCUACGAGCAGCUGGUCAAGGAGGGCACCUUUGGUCGCAUCUAUGCGGGCAAGCUGGGCGAGACCUGCGAUGCGCUGGUCAAGACCGUCAUCGAUGGCGCCUCGUUGACACAGGUCGCCUGUCUGCUGCAGGACGCCUCGCUCCUGAUUGGCGUCAGUCAUCAGCACAUCCUGGCACCGCUGUUGGCCAACACCGAGCUGCCCGGCCCCCCAGAGAUUGCAUAUCCCUAUCCGUCCAAGGGCAAUCUGAAGAUUUACUUGCAAAAGUCGAGGGAGUCCAGCACAGCGCUGAGCACGCGGCAGCUUGUCGAGUUUGGACUGCACAUCACAAAGGCGCUGGCCUACCUGCAUUCCUUGGGCAUUGUGCACAAGGAUCUCGCCACACGCAACUGCUAUCUGGACGAAGAAGCCUACGUGAAGAUCUGCGACAGUGCGCUCUCGCGAGACUUGUUCCCGGAUGACUACGAUUGCCUGGGUGACAACGAGAACCGUCCUCUGAAGUGGCUGUCGCUGGAAUCGCUGCAGAAGAAGGUGUAUGCCACACAGAGCGAUGUGUGGUCAUUGGGCGUGCUCUACUGGGAGCUGGUCACACUUGCACAAAUGCCACACGAAGAGGUGGACAUCUUUGAGCUUACCAAUUACUUGGCUGCCGGCUAUCGUCUGGAGCAGCCCGUCAAUUGUCCAGAUGAAUUCUUUACGGUAAUGAACUGCUGUUGGCACUCGGAGCCAAAGCAACGACCAACGCCCUCGCAGCUGUUGUCGUAUCUGCAGGACUUUCAUGUCGAUCUGGGCAUGUAUAUCUAAAAAGGGGAGAUGAACUGAUAGGCGCUCCAGGCAAAUGGAUUAACUUCAACAUUGAAUAACUGAAUGCAUAACUAAACUAAAUUAAUUGAAAACUUUUGCAUUUUAAAUGUGAGAUUUACCUGUUACGAGUAGAUGUUUGAUGUCUGUAAAUAUAUAAGUGUAUGGAAGGAAGGAAUGAAGGAGUCGCAAAGGUCGCAAAUCGCAGUAUUGUGUAAGUAGACAUUAAGGCGUUCAAAUGGCACAAAUGCUGAAACCAAUUAUAAAUCAACAAACGUGUGUUGCAAGACAGUUGCACAUUCCAAGUAAUUCAUAAGUAAACAACAAUGACACUCAGUUGCAAGCAGAGACAGUUGCAGUUGCAAGGUGUUCCCCAAUCCGUUUUCGACUUCAACUUGCUUAAGGUAGUUAAAAUCAAAGCGAAAUGCAAGCGAAAACGUUUUUGGGAACGCUACAGUUGAACACUUUAAGUAGCUAGAAAUUGAAUACACAUAAGAUUGCAAAACAGAUAAAUUAUAUAUGAUUGUGAAUUAUUGAGAAUGCAUAUUUUAUUGAAUGUGUGUGAGCAGAACCAUGAAAGUUAUGCUUAGAGGGUGGAAGAGUGUAAGAAUGGAAAUGAAAGUGGAAGUGGAAGAUAGAGUUGAAUGUACGACAACAAAAUACAGAAUCUUUUGUUCUCAAAUGUUGUCCUCAAUUGUUAUCAAAGCGAUAAAUG